CUUGACAAGGGGUUGUUGAAUAAUAGGGAUAUUUUAUUAAUCGUUUAUUUAUUCAAGAGAAAAAAUAAUACAUUUACAAUAUUGGAUAAAUGAAAAUAAAAUUGGAUUACAAAAUGAAGUAUCUAACAAGAAUAUAUUUUAUACUUAUAUUUGAAUUUUAUUACAUUACAGUUGCUAAAUUUGAAGAUGAUAUAAUGCGUUAUUGUAGCAUCUGCGAACAACACACAAUGUGUCUUUUUCCCUUUGAUGAUCCAUCAGUUAAUUGCAAAAAUAUAUCAAAUGGAGAUCUUGAUAAUGAAGAGAUAGCAAUAAUUAUUAGUGAGCAUAAUUUACACAGAAAUAAUAUUGCAAGUGGUCAAGAAAAUCGAGGUAAUCCUGGUCCACAAUCGUCAGCUAAAAACAUGAUGGAAUUGAGUUGGGAUGCUGAGCUUGCAAGAUUAUCACGAAGAUGGGCACUUCAAUGUCAUCUGCAGCGUAAAGAUGAGUGUCGUGAUGUUGAACGUUUUUCAGUGUGGCAGAACGUUCACGUAUUGAACAUCGACAAGCUUGAGACGGAUACAACGAGCCACCAUCGCAUUCCAUUUCACGUACAAUCGUGGCUGGACGAUGUUGAGAAUUUCGAUACCGCUGAAGUUGGAAUGGUGGACUUUUCAAGUGAGUCUCGUGGUUCCUACAUUGGAAUUGCAGCUGGCAAGAUAAGCCGCAUUGGUUGUGGUCGAGCGUUGUACACUGUUGAGACUUGGCAUGAGACUGGUAUUCCACCCUUGUCACUUUCAUCGUCGUCCUUGUACUCAUCCUACUUUUCUUCCUCACCCUCAUCUUCAUCUUCAUUGUUGUCAUCGUCCUCGUCGUCCUCGUCGUCGUCGUUGUUGUUGUCAAUGUUGAAGGAUGGUACAGAAACGUCAGGGGAAAACAAUUACACCAAUGUAUCCGUUGGUAACCACGUUGAAGUACUUGUAUGUAAUUAUGGACCUAUCGAUCGUUCAACACCAAGACAUCUUUAUGACGUUGGAACUCCUGGUUAUUGUCCCAUGGGUUUUACAAAUAGUCGACGAUAUGAAUAUCUAUGCACAAAAAGCAUGGAAAAAUCAGCUAAUGAAGACUGGCUUGAUCAGAAUAAACAAAGCAGCUCAACUGGUAUUUUGCAAUCAAAAAGAAUUUCAUUUUUAUUUUAU